AUGGAUACCUCCAAAGAGCCUAUUGCCAUUGUUGGUAGCGCCUGCCGGUUUCCCGGAGGCUGUGAUACUCCCUCCAAGCUUUGGGAGAUGUUGAAGCAACAGCGUGAUGUCUUGCAGAAGAUCCCCAAAGACCGCUUUAACACAGACCCGUUUUAUCAUCCUGAGCCAACGCACCAUGGCACUAGCAAUGCCCAGUUUUCAUAUCUACUAGAACAAGACAUAGGCGAGUUCGAUGCAAAAUUUUUCAAUAUUCUCCCAAAAGAAGCCGAAUGUAUCGAUCCGCAACAGAGACUUCUCAUGGAGACCGUCUACGAUGGCAUAACCGCUGCUGGUCUACCUAUGGAGAAGUUGCGCGGGUCGAACACGGCCGUAUACGUGGGCCAGAUGUGCGAUGACUGGCCUGGCAUGCUCCAGACCCAACUCGACGAGUCACCGCCCUACAUGGCCACGGGUUCGUCGCGGAGUAUCGUAGCAAACCGAGUCUCAUACUUCUUCGACUGGCACGGUCCAUGUAUGAACAUUGACACGGCAUGCUCAUCGAGUUUGGUGGCUAUUCACGAGGCGGUUCAGACCUUGCGGAGUGGCCAAUCUGGAAUAGCCGUGGCAGCCGGGGUUAAUAUUCUGAUCUCUCCAAUGUAUUAUAUAUCUGAGAGUAACCUCCGCAUGCUAUCCUCAGAAGGACGAUGCCGGAUGUGGGAUGCUGCUGGGGAUGGAUAUGGUCGUGGGGAGGGUAUUGCAUGUGUGGUGCUCAAGACGCUGAGUCAAGCCCAGCGAGACAAUGACCAUAUUGAAUGCAUAAUCCGGGAGACUGGCGUUAAUCAGGAUGGCCGGACCUCUGGAAUCACUAUGCCCAGCAACAUUGCCCAGGCGCAGCUGAUUCGCGAUACCUACCGCCGAGCCGGGCUCGAUGUGCACAACCCGCUAGACCAGCCGCAGUUUUUCCACGCCCAUGGCACGGGAACCAAGGCGGGAGAUCCGCAAGAGGCAACCGCUAUCUACCAUGCCUUCUUCACGAAGGAGACGGAGCCAGAGCAGAAGCUGUUGGUAGGCUCAAUUAAGACACAUAUCGGUCAUACAGAGGGCGCGGCGGGACUUGCCAGUGUCAUCAGCACUUCGCUGGCCCUGCAGCAUGGACAAGUACCUCCAAAUAUGCACUUUAAUGAGCUCAAUCCUGAUAUCCUUCCAUUCUACGGCGCCUUCGAAGUCCCAACCUCCGUCAAGGAGUGGCCGGCGCUGAAGCCUGCCCAGGUGCGGAGAGCAAGUGUUAACAGUUUCGGAUUUGGUGGCACCAAUGCCCAUGCGAUAAUGGAAUCUUACAUGCCUCCUGGGACGAUGAUGUCCGCACCGUCUCAAUCAACCACAUUAUACACGCCCUUGCUCUUUUCUGCCAACUCAGUCACCUCACUGCGGGAAAUGAUUUCCAAGCAUCGCGACUAUCUGGUAGAUAGGCCCGAAACCAGCCUUCGUGAUCUUGCAUGGACGCUGCAACAUCACCGCUCAACUUUGCCUUACAGGAAGGCCAUCACUGGGCGGGAUUAUGAGAGCAUUAUCGCCCAAAUGGAUAUUGUCCUGAAUGCCGAGCCUGCGGACCUGAAUAUUCGGUUCAUCCAAUCUUCUGAGCCUCGCGUUCUGGCAGUAUUCACUGGUCAAGGUGCCCAGUGGCCCAGGAUGGGUGCCCGCUUGCUGGAGUCGUCGAGCUUUGUCCGCAACAAGAUUGCUUUCUUAGAUGAAUGCCUCGCUACUCUCCCUGAAACUGACCGCCCGGAUUGGACACUUAGUGAUCAGAUUCUGGCCACAGGGGAGUCCUCAAGAGUUUUGGAAGCGGCGAUAUCUCAGCCUCUGUGCACCGCUGUCCAAAUCGUUCUGGUUGAUCUCCUUCAAGCAGCAGGGAUCAAACUUGAAGCAGUUGUCGGGCAUUCUUCUGGUGAAAUCGGUGCGGCAUAUGCCGCUGGUCUCCUGUCAACCUGUGAUGCUAUCCGAGUGGCAUAUCUCCGUGGUGUUUAUGCUAAGCUCGCAGCUUCUCCAAGUGGUGCAAAGGGUGGCAUGGCCGCUAUCGGUGUGUCAGCGGAAGAUGUGCAAGAGGUUUUCGAUCAAGAGGAAAUUCGGGAGGAAAUCAAGGGUAAAAUAUCCAUUGCGGCGCUAAACUCGGGAUCUAGCAUUACCCUGUCCGGGGAUGAGGACGUUGUUCAGACAGUGGUAGACGUCUGCACUACCCAAGGAAAAUUCGCUCGUCGUCUACGGGUAGAUACGGCUUAUCAUUCAGACCACAUGCUGCCUUGCGCCAAUCCAUAUCUCGAGGCUAUGGAGCGCUGUGGUAUUUCAGUCCAACAACCUUCGGACGACCGACCAACGUGGUUCUCCAGUGUUUACCGUGAUACUAUUAUGGAUGCCAACAAUCUGACCCCCGAGUACUGGGUUCACAAUAUGGUACAGACUGUGCUUUUCUUACCGGCCAUCACCAGAGCUGCCAAGGAGAUCCAGACACUCGACAUCGCAAUUGAAGUGGGCCCUCACCCGGCACUCAAGGGUCCUGCGUUGGAUUCGCUAGGGGAGGUGCAAACGCAGAUUCCGUAUACUGGACUUCUUGGCCGUGGAAAUAAUGACGUAGAUGAGCUAUCUGCCGCUGUGGGAUAUCUUUGGACCCAGCUUGGAUCGGGUGUGGUUGACUUCGAUGGGCUGGAGAGCGCUCUGGCCGGUGACAAGGAACCUAAGACUCUCCUUGUCGACCUCCCAAGCUACCCAUUUGACCACCAAAAUCGUUACUGGGUGGAAUGUCGCACAUGGAAGGCUAACAGAUUGUCAGACGCAUAUCCAAAUACAUUGUUAGGUUCGUGUCUGACUACCACAAGAAGCCCCGGUAAUGCACAAUGGAAGAACAUCUUGAAGCCAACAGAGAUACCAUGGCUACAGGGGCAUCGACUGCAAAACCAGCUGAUUUUACCUGCUACUGCAUACAUUGUCAUGGCGCUGGAAGCAAUUAAAGCGGUGGCUGGGGAUGCUGCGAUAGCACUAUUCCGGUUGACUGAUUUAGUGCUAAAACGCCCAAUUGUAUUCGACGAUGACAGUUCCAGCAUUGAAUGUAUCUCCAGUUUGCAAAUCUUGUCCGUCAAUGACUCGCAUAUCAAAGCUCAAUUUACGGUUGAGUCAGCACCCCAAGGAGAAUUGUCGUUGCGGGUUAAUGUUGAAGGCUCCAUAGAAGUCGAAUUGGGCAGAUCUAAUCCCGAGAAACUGCCGCUACUCGAGCAUGAUGACUACUACAAUAUAAACGAGCAAACCCCCGGAAGGUUCUAUUCGGAAAUGAGAAACGUCGGCUAUCACUUUCUCCAGGCAGAAGGCAUCGUGCUAGCACCAUUCAGUCCUGCCCAAGCUCAGGACGAUAAUCAGCUGCUGGGCCACAUAAAGUGGCUACCGGCACUCCCCAAUGGUGCGAAUACGGGGGAUGGCAAGGCCUCCGUAUCUCUGAAUCCAGCAGUGACAGGAGAUGUGGAGCGAAUCUCACUGUAUUACCUGCGCAGAUUGUGCGAGAUGAGUACUCCGAAGCACCGAAGCAAGGCGCUGCCACACCAUCAGCAGCUGCUCAAGUGGGCAGCAUCUGUUAUCGAUCGGGUCUCGGUAGGCAAGCACCCCUUCAUCGCCAAAGAAUGGAUCUCCGACUCAGAGCAGCUCAUCGAGCAAUUGAGCUGCCGUCAUCCGGACUCAGUAGAAGCAAAAUUGGUAGCGGAGAUUGGCCCGAGUCUUCCCGACCUCGUUCAUGAACAGGGCAUUCUGGCGCACUAUAUCUCCAUGAAUGAGGAGGCCCCCACAAUAAAGCGGGUCCAUGAGCGUCUGGCCGGUUUGGUCAAGCAGAUCAACCACCGUUACGCGCACAUGCAUAUUCUCGAAAUUGGAUCCGGAAACGGGGCCAUGACUGAAAUGAUCGUUUCCUCGCUGGGGACCUCCUUCUCCUCGUACACCUUUACCGAUGUGUCCGAUAACCUCUUCAGUGAGGCCGAGUUUCGCUUCUAUCAGUACACAGAUCGCAUGAUCUUCAAGACAUUCGACAUGUACCAGGAUCCUACCGCUCAAGGCUUUACCGCCGGAAAAUAUGACCUCGUUCUGGUAGGUAAUGGUCUCCAGACGGCCAGGAACCAGGAGCAGGUUUUAUCCAAUAUCCGCCAACUGUUGAAGCCUGGUGGAUAUCUAAUAAGCGCCAGUCCUCUUGCGGAUGAUUCAUUGCGCCUCGGUCUUAUCAUGAGCGAUUGCCCGGAAUGGUGGAGCGGUGCUGAUUCGGGGCGGCUAACAUUAGACAGUUGGAACAACCUCCUGGGCCAAUGCCAAUUUUCUGGCAUUGACACCUGCACCCCCGUGGAAGAUGUUCUCCAUGAUAUCCCGGUUUGGGCUGCGCAAGCGGAGGAUGAACGUGUGCGGCUAUUGCGGAAUCCGUUGGGUGCAUCAGUAGAGCUCCCAGAAGAGAUGCCACCCUUAGUUAUUAUUGGUGGGAGGUCUUUGGCCACCGUGCAGCUAGUAGAGCAGACUGCUGCUCUGCUAUCGACCAAAUUUCCAGUCGUGACUCGUCUUCACUCCCUCGAGGCCCUGAUUACUACGUCCAUUCCAUCCAAAGCUACCGUGCUUAGUCUCGCCGACCUAGAUGGCCCAGUAAUGAAGUUGUGGACUGCCAACAAGUUGGAGGCUUUGAAGUUACUUUGGAACCAGGCAGCAAGGGUAUUAUGGGUUACCAAGGGUGCUCGCUUUAGCGACCCAUAUUCUACUAUGAUUUCUGGCAUCGUGCGAGUGGUCCGAAUGGAAAAGAUAGACCUAAACGUGCAGUCGCUGGAUGUGGAUUCUAUCAAUCCGGGCACUGCAUGUCUGGUGUGUGAGACGUUGUUGAAACACCAACUACUUCUUACUUGGUCGCCGGACAACUCCACUGAGAAGCUGCUAUGGAGUUAUGAGAACGAAGUGGCAGUAGAAGGCCAGCAGACUCUUAUCCCGCGCCUGUAUUCGAAUGAGAUGGAGAAUAUGCGGUUCAACUCUGUCCGUCGGCCCAUUAUGCACGAGGUCAACCCAUUCGUGUCGACUCUACGAUUGGCCAGCACAGGUGAAUCUUACCAGUUGGAGGAGGUUUCGUCCUUGCGGGUUGCCGCGGCACUGCCAACAAUCCGUGUGUGCCAAUCUAUACUGCAGUUCCUCAAGCUUGGAUCAAAUGGCUCUUUCAUGCUCUGCAUUGGCACAAGACAGGAUGAUUCCCAAGCUAUGGUUUUGGCUUUGACUCAGUCUUCUGAGUCUCCGGCACCCGUAGAGCCUGGUUGGGAGAUCGAGUUGCCAUUUUCCCCUGAGGUUGGACGGUUGGCUCUGAUGACCUUGGCCACCCACAUUGUCACCCAGCAGAUGCUGGCUAUGGUACCCAAGAAUGGUACCCUAGUGGUUCACGAACCAGACAAUUUGCUCCAUGCCGCUCUUUUGGAUGCCGCGGAGAAAGACCGGCUUGAUGUGUGGUUCACCACUUGCCAGCCUGGCCGUAACUCCAACUGGACGUACUUGCACCCUGCCCUUCCCGCUCGCCUAGUGAAAGAAAAGAUGCCUAGCGAGGUCUCUGCUUUUGUCAACCUCGAGGCCCCUAAUGGCUUGGGUGCCCGCGUGGCAGAUGCCAUUGCAGAUUGUGUCCCCCCGCAUGGCGUGCAUGCCUCGGCGACUACGUUUUUCGCUAACCAGCUAUACACCCGCUCGGGGGUUCAGCCGGCUGUCCUCAGUGAAGUUCUCCAAAAUGCGUGGCAGUCAGCCUCCACGUCUAGCUUGGCCUUGGAGUUGAUCGAUUCUAUUCCGCUGGGUGAGGUCUCGUUCCACAAUCCGGUGAGAGAAGCCAUCCAGCUGGUUGACUGGAACGUUCCCGCGGUGCCUGUUCAUCUAAGACAAAUUGACGCUGACCCAAUUUUCCGCCGCGAUCGAACCUAUCUCAUGAUUGGUCUCACUGGAGAAGUUGGUCAGUCUCUUUGCCACUGGAUGGCUCGUAAGGGGGCUGGUUGCGUUGUCCUGGCAAGCCGUAACCCCAAGAUUACUCCUGCGUUCCUUCGCAAAGCUGAAGAUCUAGGCGCAACUGUUCGGCCGCUCUCACUGGACAUCACCUGUCGCGACUCUCUUCAACGCUGUCUCCGAGAGAUCAGGCGCAGCAUGCCCCCAAUCGCCGGUGUGGCUAAUGGUGCCAUGAUCAUGGAGGACGUGCAGUUCGACCACAUAGAAUUUGAGAGCAUGGAACGGUCGAUGAAACCAAAAGUCCUCGGGAGCAAAUUACUGGAUGAAGCUUUCUAUGAUACUGCUCUGGACUUCUUCAUCAUGUUUUCCUCCAUUGCGGGCGUCGUCGGUAACACAGGGCAAAGCACCUAUGCGGCAGCCAACAUGUACAUGGCUGGUCUAGCGCUUAAUAGGCGUAAGCGUGGAGUUGUUGGCUCGGUCAUUGCCUACAGUCCCCUCAUGGGCUUGGGUUACAUUGAUCGCACCGACGAAACCAUGGGUGAUAAGUUCCUUUCCAUGGGUGUCUCCCUCAUGUCUGAGACGGAUUUCCGCUAUGCCUUCGCUGAGGCCAUCAAGGAGGGUCAAGCGAGUUGUCACGAUCGUGCAGAAUUGAUUACUGGUUGCGCGCCAAAGGUUCUGAGUGAUAUUACUCGUAACCGUUACAGGAGUGAUAUUCGUUUUAGCCACAUAAACCUCGAGCGAAUCAACGGCCAAGCGGGUGCUGGCGCAGGGGAUUCCUCCAUCAGAGGCCUGUUGAAGCAGGCCGGUUCUAUGGAGGAGGUCGAAGGGGUCGUGCUCGAUGCCUUUACUGCAAGACUUAAAACCCUUCUUCGAAUGUCUACAGAGCAGCCCCUCGAUGCCAACAGCAGUCUGGUUGGACAAGGCAUCGAUUCUUUAGUUGCCAUUGACAUCCGCGAAUGGUUUGACCGCGAAUUGGAGAUUGAUAUGCCGGUUAUCAAGAUAUUGGGUGGCUCUUCCAUUGUCGCUUUGGUGAAGGGUUGUCUCCAAGACAUCCCAGAGACUGUAGUCGACAUCAGAAACCUUUCCAACGAAGAUCAGUCAGCAGGCGGGAAGCCAGCAGCACCAGCGGCUGCAACGUCUGGGGUCGAGUCAGCCAUCCCUCUGUCAGACAGCAAGGACUCAAUCUCGUCCAGCUCAGACAGUGAAAGCGUGGACACAUCAUCCCACUAUGGAACCAGUGACACUGAGCCCGAAGAGGAGAACACCUGCGAACCUUCGAUUGACUUGGAUCUGCGCCAGUCCAUCAUCCAGUCGGCCACCGAGAAAGUUGUUCCUAUGUCCUUCAGCCAAGCCCGUUUCUGGUUCAUGCAGCAUGCCUUACAAGAUCCUUCAGCCCUUAACAUGGGCCGUUGCUGGCACAUUGAAGGUGCCUUGGAUCUGCCCAGACUGAGAAAGGCGGUCAUCACGGUUGCGGACCGACAUGAAGCAAUGCGCACCCGAUUCUUCUGGGGAGGACAGGACCAUGACGUUCCUAUGCAGGGAAUCCUAUCGCGGUCUAUUGUUCAGCUUGAGACUAAGCGAAUCACCAACAAGGAGGAGGUAAACCGGGAGUUGGAUGCUAUGCGAUACCAUGCCUAUGACCUCGGUGAUUGGCAGCUUGUGAGAACCCGUCUUCUUACAUUGUCUAACAGAGAACACUAUAUGAUUAUUGGCAACCAUCCAAUCACCUUUGAUGAUAGCAGUGCCUCGCUUUUGCUCGACGAGAUGAAUCAAGCCUAUAUGGGACAAAGUCUACCUAGCCUUCCCCAAGAGGCCCAGUACUCUUUCUUUGCGGAAGCGCAAUUCCGGGACUACAAAGAAGGGCGUUUCCAGAAACAUAUUGACUAUUUCAAAGCCUUGAUCAAAGAAGAGAACCACCCACUGGAACUAUUUGCCUUUUCCAAGGCCCCAGUCAGACCAGUUCAAACUCAAUACCGCACCCAUCGAUCGGAUGUGCGUCUCUCGUCGAAGCAGGCUUCUCUGCUCAAGCAAAUCUCACAGGAUAGGCAUUCGGCCACCUCCGACCUUUAUACUGCCGUUUUGAGUGUGCUUCUGUUUCGUCUAUUGCCCAACACCAACCAGGUAUUGCUUGGCAUCAAUGCCGACCGUAACGACCUGGCUCUGGGAAGAUCCAUGGGGUGCGCGCAUAACGCGUUGCCAGUCCGGCUGGAGAGGCCAGGCAUCAACACAAAGCUUGGGCCUUAUCUUGAUACAGUACGAAAUUCAAUUGAGGGCGUUCUAGAGCAUUCGGCGGUGCCCUUUGAUGUCCUCGUCAAUGAACUCAAGUUGGACCGCUCAGCAAAUGUUCCACCCUUGUUCCAGGCAAUGAUACAGCAUCGCGUUGAAAGGCAAGAUCAGGUUACAUGGUGCAAUGCUACCUGUAAUCCAGAUAAGUCCCUUAACUCUUGUACCGGACUUGACCUCUACUUGGACAUUACCGAAAACUGUGCGGGCGAGACUGCCGUCGGCUUGGAGGUGCAGCAAGGACUAUACAGCCAGGAGCACGCAGAUCUUCUUGUCAAAUCCUUUGUCUAUCUUUUAGAGCAGCUCACUACGAACCCCGAUGUACCUCUAGCAACUUCUGAGUUGUGGCCACCCGAAGAUAUUUCGCGGGCGCUGGAACUUGGUACAGGUCCUGUAGCGCCUAUGCAAUGGCCACGGACUGUUGUUCAUAGGAUUGACCAGAUGAUCCAGCAAAAUGGAAGCAACCUUGCCCUCAAGGAUGGCAGAGGCAAGAGCUUGACCUACAACGAUAUGGGCCGCCGCAUUGACUCGAUUAUCGCGGCUUUGCGCCAGGCAGGGACCCCGAAGGGCUCUGUUAUUGGUGUGAUGCAGGAGCCUAGUGUUGAUUCGAUUUGCUCAAUGUUGGCGGUCUUCCGUGCUGGUGCAGUCUAUAUGCCGUUUGAUCAUCGUAUCUCCAUCGAUCGGGCACAGGGUGCAAUCCAUAAGGCUAAACCGUUGUUGCUACUUGUUGAUCAAUCUACGGUCGAUAAGGCCAAAUUCCUUCAGGCUCCCAUGCCAAGGGUGUUGGAUAUCUCCUCAGUGGCUACACGCCAGCACAUUCCGCGCACACCAAACUUAGCAGAUGGUAGCUCGCCUGCUAUUAUCCUGUUGACCGGUGGCUCUACCUUUGAGCCUAGCUUAGUCAAGCAUGCAAGCAUCAUCCCCCAGCUUGAGGCCUCUUCAAUGCAGUACAACUUCUCGAAUGAGAGACCACUAGUCGCGCUUCAGCACUCGGCCAAUUCCACCGAUUCGUCGCUUACUCAAACCCUCGAUGUAUUGUGCAACGGAGGAAGCUUGAUCAUCCUGCCCGCCAACAGACAGGGAGACCCCGUUGAGAUUGCCAAAACAAUGCAAGAAGAAAACAUCAGUUACACGUUGGCGGCUCCAUCCGAAUACCAGAAAUGGCUCAGCUGUGCAGCGGAACAACUUCGAAACUGUCCUCGCUGGACCCUCGCCAUCACGACAGGUGAAGGAGUCCCUCAGAAGCUCUUGCAAAGCCUCCGUGCUCUUGACAGCCCGUCUCUCCAGCUUCUCAACCUCUACAGUCCGACUGGAACAUGUUUCGGUUCCACUUGGCAGGGUCUAGUUGAGUAUCGCAAGUCAGACGCCAAGUCACCCGUCGCCGCUGGGUAUCCUUCACCCAACCAGGCAAUCUACAUCGUGGAUGUCGAGCUGCGGCCUCUUCCAGUUGGUGUCCCGGGCGAGGUGCUCAUCGGGGGCGCUGGUAUUGCUGAUUGCUAUGGCAAUAUGGAUAGUACAAUGAAGGAGAGGUUUAUUGAGUCUCCCUUUUCUCAAUUGAACGGCAACUUCACUACCAACAAGUGGGAAACCGUCUAUCGCACUGGAGACCGUGGUUACCUACAGAAGGACGGUGCCCUUAUCCUGGUUGGCCGUUCAGAUGGUGCCACUCAGGUCAAUGUUCGCGGCUUCCAGGUUGAUUUAGAAGAGGUCGAAAACGCCUUGAUCGAGGCUUCUGGGGGAUUCUUAACCAAUGCUGCGGUCACCCUGAGAGAACAUGGUAAGGAUCAAUUUUUGGCUGCUCAUGUUGUCUUUUCCAAUCAGACGUCUCAGACGAACUCCCAGGAAAUGCUGUUGGACAAUCUCUUGAUGCGUCUGCCUGUACCAGACUAUACGGUUCCUUCGGCUAUUGUAGUCUUGGAGGAACUACCAUUGGAUUCUCACUCCAAAGUGGACCGAACUGCCAUCUGCCAGCUGCCUAUUGAUGAAUCUAACAUGGUGACCCCGACUAGCCGAGAAAUGACAUCGAUGGAGGCCAGUCUUGCCGAGGUCUGGAAAGGUGUCCUUUCUGCCUCUGUCUCUCCGACCCUUGCUCCCAGCUCUGACUUCUUUCAGGUUGGGGGUACAUCGCUGCUAAUUGUGAUUUUGCAGCGCGCAAUCAAGGAGCAAUACAAGGUCGCACUGCCAGUAACCGAGCUGGUGGCUACCAAGAGACUCACUGAUAUGGCCCGUUUGAUCGAGGGGAAAGGCGUUUUUGUCUAG